GGGCGCGCACGCAGGGCGGGGCUGCGGGGGCGCGCGCGUGCGCAGCCGUUCCGCGGAGGGACGAGGCACAGCCGCGGAACCGCCGCCAGAUCCGCUCUCUGUCCACGCCGCCUGUCGCGCCGGCCGUCGCGCCGUCCGCCCGCCCGCCCGCCCGCCCCGCGUCCGCCGCCGCCGCCGCCGCCGCCAUGGGAGUGCAGGUGGAGACCAUCUCCCCCGGAGACGGGCGCACCUUCCCGAAGCGCGGCCAGACCUGCGUGGUGCAUUACACGGGUGCAUUUUACCCUUUGCAAUUAGCGGGCCGUCUGUGAAGUGCUUGGACAUCCUCCACGUGCUCUGCUCCUCAUCAGCCUUUCACCUACUGGUUUUUACAUCAAUUGAUGAUUCUUACCAGAAGAAACUAUUUCAUUGGCAUUUACAAAGUGGGAUGCUUGAAGAUGGAAAGAAAUUCGAUUCCUCCCGGGACAGAAACAAGCCCUUUAAGUUUGUGCUGGGUAAGCAGGAGGUGAUCCGAGGCUGGGAAGAAGGGGUUGCCCAGAUGAGCGUGGGUCAGAGAGCCAAGCUGACUAUCUCCCCAGACUAUGCCUAUGGCGCCACUGGGCACCCAGGCAUCAUCCCGCCAAAUGCCACUCUCGUCUUUGAUGUGGAGCUUCUAAAACUGGAAUGACAGGAAUGGCCUCCUCCCUGAGCUCCCCAUUCUUGGAUGUGCCACGGAAGGGCCGGCCGCCCCCAGGUGCGCACGGCGAGUCCGUGCGGAGCUCUUCCUGAUGUUCCACCACACUCUUUGUACAGACAUCUUCCCCGACUGAAUGUGUUCUGUCACCGGCUUUGCUCUUCCCCUUUCUCCUCGUAUGUGUGUUGACCUGAACUGUAUGCCAUAAACCUCAAGUUACCCAUUUUAGUUUGUUUUUGUUUUGGGGUGAAGAUUGAGUUUCAGUCCUUUGGAUCUAGGUUUCCAGUUAAGUACUAGUCAAGUAUUAACAGCACAAAUAAUGGGUUAACUUUAGAAUAGGAAUUGGUGUUGGGGGGAGUGCAAGAAUCUUUAUUUUAUUUUAUUUUUUUUUGGAUGAAAGUUUUAUCUAUUAUAUAUUAAACAUUCUUGCUGCUGCGCUGCAAAGCCAUAGCAGAUUUGAGGCGCUUUUGAGGGCCGAAUUAUUCUCCAAGUUGAGAGAUGUCCUCGGGUUGAAUUAAAAGCCCUACCCAAAACUAAAGUGGGAAGGGGAGAGCCUUUGCCUCCACUGUCCCACCCCCACCCUCCCCUUAACCCUCUGCCUUUUGAAAGCAGAUCAUUUUCACUGAGAUGUUGGACACUACAGGUGUCUGUCACCGGGCCAGCAGGGACCUCUGAAGCCUUCUUCAUGGCCUGGCUUUUUGUUUUUUUUUUUUUUUCUUUUUUUCCAUCCUGUGGUUUUCUAAUGGAUAUUUAGGACUUUUGUAAUCUCAUAGCUAUCCAGGCUCCACUUCCUAAAUUUUAAGAACUUCAAUCGAAAGUUAAAUUGAAGGUGCUGUUUGUAGACACUUAACACCCAUGAAAGCCCAGCCAUCAUGACAAAUCCUUGAGUGUUGUCUUAAGAAAAUGAUGCUGGUCAUCACAGCUUCAGCAUCUCCUGUUUUUUGAUGCUCAGCUCCCUCUGCUGAUCUCAGAGUUUCCUGGCUUCUCCUUCCUCCCUCUCACCCUCUGCUGUCCUGUGUAGUGAUUUGGUGAGAGAAAUUGCUGCCUACUCGCCCACGCCUACCCCACCCCCUGCACUACAUAUGAGUUUCAAGUUUUAUUAUUGCAAUAAAAGUGCUUUAUGCUGGCUUUUCUCA